UUGAAAAUAUGGAACUCGACGGAGAAUCCUACGAAGAAAAGGUAUCAAUCAUCAUGCUUGGAGAUGCAGGCGUCGGCAAAUCAUGUAUCUCUGUAACGUUCAAGUCUGGCGAAGGUGCUGCUGAUAAGGUCAACACAACUAUUGGAAUUGACCUCUGGACGAAAGUAGUUGAUAUUGAUGAUAAAUAAGCUCAAAGCUGUAAUUUAUGAUACCUCAGGACAAGAGAGAUUCAGAUCAAUCCCUAAAGGGUACAUAAGGAAGGGAGAUGGGAUCGUAGUGGUCUAUGAUAUUACUGACAAGGAAAGUUUUGAUUCAAUGACCUACUGGAUCAGCGAGAUUGGUUGAUUAAGAGAUGACAAGCCUCCAAUUACUCUCUCCUAAAU